CCCUGGUGGGGGUGCGCUGUUGGGAGCGGGAUGCUCCCUCGGGUGUGGAGAUGGACUAGCGCUCUGGUGAGGUGGGGCCGGUGGAGAGGGGCCCGGGCAGCUGUAGCGAAGGUCCAGCUCGCAGGUGAGCAGCUGCCGGUGCUCAGGGCUUCACUCGGCUGCUGAAGGACCAAGCAGGUCUGGAAACCUCAGAUCCUGAGCCGGUCAAGGCCAGUCCAAGAAGGAAACCUUCAACCUGAAGCCGCCGGGCCAGAGGUGGAAGGACCCGAUGGCCGCCAAAUCCCAGCCCAGCGCUCCCCAGCCCGGGAGUCCCGGCCGCGUCACCAACGGCAAGGCAGCGACUCAAGGCCAGUGGGGCCGCGCCUGGGAGGUGGACUGGUUCUCCCUGGCCAGCGUUGUGCUCCUGCUGCUCUUCGCGCCCUUCAUCGUGUACUACUUCAUCAUGGCGUGCGACCAGUACAGCUGCUCGCUGACCGCGCCCCUGCUGGACAUCGCCGCCGGCCGUGCCAGCCUGGCAGACAUCUGGGCCAAGACCCCGCCGGUGACCACGCGAGCCGCCCUGCUCUACACCUCGUGGGUGGCCUUCCAGGUGCUUCUGUACACGAUGCUUCCCGACUUCUGCCACAGGUUCCUGCCGGGCUACGUAGGAGGAGUGCAAGAAGGGGCCGUGACCCCGGCAGGCGCCGUGAACAAGUACCAGGUCAACGGCCUGCAGGCCUGGCUCAUAACGCAUCUCCUCUGGUUUGCCAACUCCCACCUCCUGUCCUGGUUCUCCCCCACCAUCAUCUUUGACAACUGGAUACCGCUGCUCUGGUGCGCCAACUUCCUGGGCUACACCGUCUCCACGUUCGCCAUGAUCAAGGGCUACUUCUUCCCCACUAAUGCCGAGGACUGCAAGUUCACAGGCAACUUCUUCUACAACUACAUGAUGGGCAUCGAGUUCAACCCCCGCCUCGGGGAGUGGUUUGACUUCAAGCUCUUCUUCAACGGGCGCCCUGGGAUCGUGGCCUGGACCCUCAUCAACCUGUCCUUUGCAGCUAAGCAGCAGGAACUCCACGGCCAGGUGACCAACUCCAUGGUCCUGGUCAACGUCCUGCAGGCCCUGUACGUGCUGGACUUCUUCUGGAACGAGACCUGGUACCUGAAGACCAUCGACAUCUGCCAUGACCACUUCGGCUGGUACCUGGGCUGGGGCGACUGCGUCUGGCUGCCCUACCUGUACACGCUGCAGGGCCUGUACCUGGUCUACCACCCCGUGCAGCUGUCCACCCCCCACGCCGUGGCUGUGCUGCUGCUGGGCUUGCUGGGCUACUACAUUUUCCGGAUGGCCAACCAUCAGAAGGACCUGUUCCGCCGGACAGACGGGCGCUGCCUCAUCUGGGGCCGGAAGCCCAAGGCCAUCGAGUGCGUGUACACGUCGGCAAACGGGCAGAAGCACCGCAGCAAGCUGCUGGUGUCAGGCUUCUGGGGCGUGGCCCGCCACUUCAACUACACGGGCGACCUGAUGGGCAGCCUGGCCUACUGCCUGGCCUGUGGCGGCGGCCACCUGCUGCCCUACUUCUACAUCAUCUACAUGACCAUCCUGCUCACCCAUCGCUGCCUGCGGGAUGAGCACCGCUGUGCCAGCAAGUACGGCCGCGACUGGCAGCGCUACACCGCUGCCGUGCCCUACCGCCUGCUGCCCGGGGUCUUCUAGGGGCCCAGGAGCUCCGGGAGCCCAGCACCCUCACCUUGAGACAGAGCGCCCGGCCUUGUGCCAGGGGGUUCUGGGUUCACCGCUGCCUCCCGCCAGCAGGCCGCGGGCGCCCUCUGGUCUGCCCCCAGGGCAGGAGGGACGGCCCUUUGUAACUGUACACGUGGGAGCCCAGGCUGCCGCUCUGCUCAGGCGAACCGCAGCUGAAGCCCUUCAGGCCAUCUUGUCCCCAAGGCGAGGACGGCUCUGACGCCUUCGAGAGAAAAGUGGGACCAGGAGCUGCAUGGAGCAGGCUGCCCACACCCACCUCACGUCCGCUCUGUGGCCGUGGGCAGGCCCUGGGGACAGCCCUCCUUCGCCGCCUGCACACUGGUAGCUGGUCAGCGGAGGGCCCGAGGGACGCCGCAGAGCCAGGGCGUCUGGUGGGUCUCCUUUUGCUCCUGCUGCACAGCCGCCAGGGGUGUGGCAUGGGGACCCCAGGGGUACUGCCUGUGCAGGACCAGCCAGCCCAGCUGUGGCCUUUCUGAACUAAGGUCACGGGCUCCCCGUGCUCGGCUCCGGGGAGGUCACCCACCAGCCUCGGCCGCCUGCCCGUGGAAGGUGUGUCCUGCCUGCUGCUGACCCUGUGUGACUCUGGCUCAGAGAGCGCCAUCCCAGGCCUCGCCGUGCCUUCGAGGACUCCCCGCUCUGGAGGGGCUCCCUUCCAGGGCUUUCCUUACCAGCACUGUCCCCGACUCAGGGUUUUCUGAAAGCUCUUUAGACCUGAUUCCACAGCACAGCUGCUCCUUCUUUUAUA